GGAAGGUGUGAUGAUGUCAUAGAAGCUAGUGACAUCACCGAGUUCUGAGCCUUAGAAAACCACUGCCUGACAUUAUCUUAGCCAGAUUUUCUCUAGAUAUAGAGAGAGACAGAUCGGCUUGUGCUUUUGCUUAGCAAAUCCUUGCUUUCGCUUAGCGAAUAAUUGACUUUGCGCCAUGGAGAUCCGGGGUUUGGCAUUCUUGCUUUUCCUCUGGGUCAUAUGGACGCUAUCGGGCCUCUGUGCCCUGAUUGCCUUGACUGUCAUCCCAGGCCAUGUAAAAUAUCCUUACAUCAGUGACACGGGACGAGCAUUCCCCGAAUCGGUGGUCUUUACAGUGGUCUUCUUAAUAUCUGCCAUUUUUGGAGCUGGCAACGCUUCCAUCAUGUACCGGUUCAUGAUCAUCCGGUCUGAACAAUCAGAGAGGCGACAUAUCAUCUGCCAGAGAAUCCUCUAUGUCGUUGCAUGGAUGGGCUGCAUUGGGACCAUUGUGACCGCCAUAGUUUCGAUGAGGAUGAGUCCUACAGUCCACAGGAUCGGCGCAGGACCGGCAUUUGUCUUUUGUGCCGUUUACAACCUAGGUCAAGCUGUAUGCCUGUACAAGAAAUCCUUCAGCAGUCGCCGCCUAUGCCACAUUAGAUUGGCAUCAACCUUUGUGCCCAUUGUGGCCCUGCUGACCUUUUCUGUGUGUAUGACCAUCGGCUUCUUCCAGCUAUGUACUGGCCGAUGUGAAGAGAUCUACACCAGGACAGGCAUGGUGGCCGAGUGGACUGGAUUCCUUGGCCUGAUAAUACACCAACUAACGAACUAUACAGAUUUCCAGCGUUUGUCUUUAACGUUGUCCCGAGAAGGUGUCUCCAUUGGCCUGAGAGAAAAGACCCAGGACCCUGAAAACCCCCAAUAAGAUUCAAGGGGUGGAGCGCCAAGACAACUGAAACCAUCAUGAGAUUGCUGGACAUGAAUUUUCUGUAUCAAGAGGCAGAUUCCAGGCUUGGUCUCUGUCCUCAAUACUGGAUGUGACAUUUUACCGGACUUUCCUAAUACCGGAUUUGACAUUUACCGGAUUUUCUGGAUUCAACAUCUAGCAGAAUUUCCAAAUACUGGAUGUGACAAUUACCCGGACUUUCCAUAGCUACCUCAUCUCAAAUGAUGGCUUUUACCCCCUUGCCCAGGGGAAGGGCAGUCCUUCAGCCAUGGUUCCCUGGAGGUUUCCCCCACUAGGGGGUUUUUCCUCUCCUGAGUGUUGAAGGAUGAGUUGGGGGUUCACCAUCAUCAGGGCCAUUUCAAAACCACUGGCCUAUUAAUAAAUGAGUCAAUA